UGGAAAGCAAAAGAAAUUCAUUCGAUAAAACGAUCAACUUACCUACUAUUAAAUUAAAUCUUAAAAACUAUAUUAACAAAACUCAAUAUGAAGUCCAUGAUAAUUAUUUUGGUUACACUCUUCUCCUUUGCUUCUUGUUCCUUUCCCGAGUUCUUUUCUUUCUUUGGCAAGCCUCACUCUUCCGACAGUGGAUCUGCUUCUACUGGUUUUACCAACACUUCGAAAGUAUUUACUGAUUGUGGAUCACUAUGUCCUCCAACUUGUGCUAAGCCUAAGCCCGGAAUCUGUGCAACGGUUUGCGUUGAAGGCUGUUUCUGUCCAAAAGGAACGAUUGAGAAUGCUGCUGGAAAAUGUGUUAAGCAGUGCUCGAAGUCAAAGGUAUUUAACUCUUGUGGAUCACCAUGUCCUCCAACCUGCGCUAAUCCUAACCCCGGGUUCUGUGGAACGGCUUGUGUAAGAGGCUGUUUCUGUCCAAAAGGCACACUUGAGAAUGCUUAUGGAGAAUGUGUUGAGCAGUGCUCGAGCAACGGGCCUGCAUCUUAUGAUUAUAUCCCAAAAGUAUAUAGUACCUGUGGAUCAGCAUGUCCUCCAACUUGCGCUAACCCUAACCCUAUCUGUUCGCAACAAUGUGUAGAGGGCUGUUUCUGUCCCAAAGGCACAAUUGAAGAUGCUUCUGGAAAAUGUGUUAAACAGUGCUCGAAGUCAAAGGUAUAUAAUGAGUGUGGAUCACUCUGUCCUCCAACUUGUGCUAACCCUAAACCCGGACCCUGUGCAGCUGUCUGUGUUAAAGGCUGUUUCUGUCCAAAAGGCACAUUCGAGAAUGCUGCUGGAGAAUGUGUCGAGCAGUGUUUGACCAAUGGAUCUAGCUCUUCAGGCAGUGGGUCCAGCGCCUCGAGCGGUGCGUCUAGUUCUUCUAGCGGUGGGUCCGCAGCUUCGAGUAGUGGGUCUAGUGCAUCAAGCGGUGGGUCUAGCUCUUCUGCGAGUGGGGCUGCCGCUUCGAGUGGUGGUUCCAGCGAUUCGAGUGCUGUGGCCAGUGCUACGAGUGGUGCCAGCGAUUCAAGCGGCGAGUCUGCUUUUAAUGGUGAUUCAAUCUAGAAACGAUAAACGUGGAUCAGUAUGUCCCCAACUUGUAAGAAACCAUUUGUUGAGGGAACUUUCUGUCCAAAAGAAACAUUUAAGUAUGCUUCUGGAUAAUGUGUUAUGAAAUUUUAAGCAUAACAGUAAGAAUAGAACAUAAAUGUUGAAUAUCUUAAAUAUUACCUGUAACAUCGAUGAUACUUUAAUAAAGAUCUUUUAAAUACACUGA